AUGACAUCGCCAAUGUUUCCAUUAGGCUUUAAUUCGAAGUGGUUCUGUCUAAGGACUUUGUUAUGGACUGGGCUGCUCUUUGAUUCAAGAUGCGACGAUGCCUUGAUGGUGGGGGACACAUCGGAGUUGGGAGUGCUGGGUUUGCCUGACGUACAGGUCUCCGUCGUUACAAUCACGACAACAAUAGAUUACAAUCCCACGCCGACGGACCGCGCAACUGAUAGUCCUACGCGCGAGGGUAGUGACACUGCAACAAAUACAAAUCACUAUAGCGAUGAACCUAGUCAAAGCACAGAGGAUGGGAAUUCAUCAACGGUAGUCUCUCUGCUUCCGGAUACUUCACCAUCUUUAGCUAAUGCUGCGAGUGCACUCCUAAAGGCUACAGAUAAUUCAAAGCCUACCCAAAGCAAGUCAGAACUGUCGUCAACACCUGAUAUAUCGGUGACCAUGCCUCCAUCUCCUGGACCGUCGCCAUUAGAUUCACCAGAUGUUUCGAAGUCAACAGUCUCUACGUCGGCCAUCGCUGCAAUCGUAAGCAGUAUUUCGGGCUUCAUCAUCUUAGUCGCCUUUCUCUUUCUAUGCGCUCGAGCCUACCAGCGCAAGAAGCACCAGGAGGAGGAGCUUCCACUCGCUCCGUUAGCCGACCAGCAAUUAGAACACCGGUCAUCUCUACGACUAAUCCCGAGCAUAGUCAAGACAACAGACAAUACAGACCGAACUGAUUUCGCCCCGACGACGCCAGCUCUAGAGUCUGGUAGUAAUCGCCACAGUUCGGGACUUCACGCGCGCAUUUCGCCAACCUCGCAAUCUAGUCGAGACACUCUUUAUGAAAGACUCUUUGAGGAAGUUCGCACAGGUCCGGCCAAUUCCGCCCCCGCCGCAUCUCCCACCGUUCCUAGCCUCCCCGCAGAUGCCGCCGCUACUAGUAGCUCGGCCGUGCAAUGGCGAGGAUCGCCCGAGAUGCCGUCGACCGCAUCUACCGCACUUUUCGACUUUGACUUCCGAGCCGGCGUCGGUCCAAGUUCUAGCUUAACUACACCUGCCGCCACCGCCCGCCCAGAAGGUACGCUUGGUGACCGCGCCUGGAACCGUAGGAAGAUGUCGACGACGUUUCAGCCACCGCCUAGCGGCCCUCCUUCGGUGCCCUUGCCCCCCACACCACCUCGACCACAACGUAAAGAGGGUAGUCUUGGCAUGGAAGGAAAGGAAAAGAUGGAACCUGUAGUGAAGGAAGAAAGACUAGGACGAGAGGCACAGAAGGCGGAAACUUCGCCAACUACCUCAGAAAGCACGGUGGGUUCGAGCAUUUUAUUCCCUUCGGGUGAUGAGGGUGCAAAAUAG